AUGUGCAGAGCAUCUGCAUUUUUUCAACAGUUACGUUUGGCUGAAUUCGUCCUGAUCACAAUCGUUCCGGCCGUUCCACUGGUCAUUACCAAUGUGAAAAUGGCCUUGAUUCUGACCCGGAGACGUCGUAUGUGGCUCAGUUCACAAUCUAGUACACAUAUGCAUUUCAUCAAACGAUACGGAGUGAACACAAGUGAGGCGGAAAAGUUGAAUGAGAACUCUUCCGGACCACUGCUGACCAAAUUGCAUCGGGACGCACAACGUGAAGAACGCAUACUGACCCUACAACUGUUCUUUGUCUCGGUCACAUUUUGCAUCCUCAGCCUACCCAGUGUGAUUUUUGUCGGGAUUCAAGUGUUCUCGGAGUUUAAUGGGUCCCAAUAUCAUUUGAAUCGAUUUCUAGUCAACGGAUAUCACAUUUCCCUGUUCUCGUUCGCGGUGAAUUUAACCAUUAAUUUUGUAAUUUAUUGUUUUGUGGGUAAAACAUUUCGUCGUGCCGUGCACGCUUUGGUCCGAUGUGAUUGUGCCAUGUAUCGUAAAUUGAGAAGUGAACUGAUCACUGCAUCCGAGGCCACAGCGGAUUGCAUCGAUCGAUCCCGGAAUCAUGGGGUUGUGGGUUCUCGGGCACUUUCGAACUCCGGUCUUCGUGAACUGUUUGCCUCGGAUUCGUAG